UUUGCCUUUAUAUAAUCAUAGUAGCAGUAGUAUAGUAGAGUAGAGGCUGGCUUAGGAGAUGGACACAAACUCUCCCGGCCCCCCUGACAAAGGGGGCGGGAUCUAUGCUUUGCUUUCAUUGAACUCGCAAAUUUUUUUAAAUUCCAUACACAUGCUAGCCCCGAGACAUAAAAAUAACAUUAAUUUAAUAGAAAAAGAACUCUGUGCUUUAAAAAAUAAAUUCCAAAACGAUCAGAUCAUGUUAACAGAAGUUAAUAACUUAUCAUCUAGGAUUGAAAAUAUUAGUAGAAGAAAAGUUGAAUACAAGGACACUGACUUCGGCCCAUUCCUUAUUAUGAUAGAGAGUGACAAGGGAAAAGCAGGAAAUAUCCAUCCUAUGGAUAUUGGGAAAGUAUUUCAUACAAUGGGUACGACUGGAAUUAAAGAAAUUAGUAGAAAAGGCAUGAAUAGAAUUGGAGUAAUUUUUAACACCUCCAAACAGGCAAAUAUGGUACUAAAUAGCACAGAAAUCCUUGAGAAAGGAUUUCUUGCUUAUAUACCUCAAAAAAUGCUAACAUCAAGGGGUAUUAUUAGAGAUGUAAGUAUAAAUAUUUCAAUGGAAAACAUAGUUAACGACAGUAAAUUACAAAAAAACGUGAAAAUUAUAUCGGCCAGAAGACUUAACAGAAGAGUUUUAGAUAGCAAUGGGACCGUUACAUACAUUCCAACAGGAACUGUACAACUACUCUUUGACGUAAGAACUCCCCCUAAAGAAAUAAUCAUAUAUUCAAACUUGGUAACAGUAGAUCCAUACAUCCCUCCUGUACAGCAAUGCUUCAAAUGCCUAAGAUUUGGGCACUCACAAAGACAGUGCAGGGGAAAAGGAGCAAGAUGCCCGAAAUGUUCCGAUGAACAUACAGUACAAAGCUGCACAGUUUCUGUACCAAAAUGCCUAUACUGCGAUCUUGAUCACCUUGCCACAAAUAAAAUUUGCAAAGAAUUCGAAAGGCAAAAAAAGAUAAAUGAAGUAAUGGUCUUCCAAGAUCUCACCUUUUUUGAAGCUGCCAAGCUGUUUCCCCCAAUUAAGGAAAAACCAGAGAAUUCGAGAAUGUUUCAGAGGAGAAGUAGGGUUUUUCCUUCUUUACUAUCCAGCUCACCCAGAGCAUUUACUCAAGCACUUCAAAAAUCCCCAUCCUCCACUCCCCAUUUCCAGAGUCAAAGUCAUGUGGUCCCAGUUAAAAGGAAAAAUAAAGUAAUUCUUAAAGACAUUAGUUAUGACAAAGAGGCGCAUAAAGCUUUAUUAAAUGAGGAUCUAAGCAGAAAUUUACCUAGAUUACCGAUUUUAAACAAAUUAAAUGAUUCACAAAAGUAUACGGGAUCACAAGUCCCAAGUUUUGCACUCUCAUUAACAAGCAAUCGUGUACAUUCUCAGGAUAGUGUAUUUUCAAAAAACGUUGAUUUAACCUCUGAUAAUAAUAUGGAUUUUGCAGGUUUUGAUGAGUCACAUAAUACAUCUAAUUUUAGUAAAAGUAGUGUUGACUGA